ACUAGAAUGCUUUGUUCCUCCUUUUAUACAAGGCGACACUGUGUGAGUACUGAGUAGUUUUUGUAUCCUACGUACUCACAAUCACAAUCUUUGGUGGUAUAAACAAUAUUGUCCUUCUAUCCAACAUUAUAGACUUGUGGUUUCCAUAUUUGUAGUACUGAGUUUCCGACCAACGUCUUUAAUCAACAACUACAUACUUUUUUGACAGAUUUACUUCGCUACAAAUUAUGAACCUGUGAACAAUUUUCUAUUUCUUCAAAUAAAAUAUUGUAAGAGUGUCCAAUAACACCGUUCUUGAACAUUAAUUCGACAAAACAAAUUAAAAUAUAUUUGACAAAAUAAUAAUUUUACUAAUAUUUUGACAAAACAAACUAUCAAAUGUGUAGGUUACCAAAAAUAGACAACCAAAUCUAACAUGAUACUAUUGUGACUAGAUUACUAACUAUAUUUCUCGUAGUAUGUCAUAUUAACUUACGCAAAUAUUACAUGAGCAAAAUAAAAUACUUUUUCAAUUCCAUAAAAAGUGUCAUUUUAAUUUUUUUUCUUAUUACACAAUGAAUGUUAUAGAAUUUCAAUACAACUUAUACUUCCAUACUUUUAUUUUGAUAUUAAUUGCAAAUUUUGAUCUUAUAAAUAAUUUUAUUUAUCUCAAAUACUAUUAAUUAAAUAAAUGUAAUUAAUAAUAACAUAAAUGCAGUUCAAUCAUUUUUAAAUCUGUAUAAAAAAAUGUCAAAUCGACACUCCAUGAAAUGAAAUGGAGUAAAUAUCUUUUUUGGUUUGGACUAGUAGUUUAUGCUGAAACAUCAACUAGUUUGCUUCACUAGAUACAUGCAUGCAAUGCAAUUGAAUGAUUAUUUCUUUGAUGAUCUCUAAUAUAUAACUGAUGUGAAUUGAAAGACUUCAUUGUUAGUUUGGCGGGUCUUGUCCAACUCGGAACUUUUUGGUAAGGAUUGGUAGAGUUCUGCAUCUCACUACAGAAGAUAACUUGGUGUAUCUGCAUAGUUGCACUUUUGCAAUAUAAUUAACCUUUUAAUUUUAUACGAGGAUACCCAAAAUAUUUUUUGUUACUAAAUUACUAGGUAAAUUGUUCAUACCGAAGCAAAUCCAAAUAAGCCAAAUAGUAUAUACUUUUUAAAAUCUGAAAUAGUAUUACUAUCACUACUUUUAGUCAUUUACCUAAUUUAUAAAACUUACAAAUACACAACAAAUUCAAACACUUCGAGAGAACCAUCAAAUAAUAAUAUCAUCGUACAUAUAAAACUAGUAGGCCUAGAAACUAGAGUGUAGAUUACAACUUCACACUUCCUCAAAAAAAUAGAAACGAUUACAUUCACAUACCAACGAAUCGAAGAAUAAUCCUAGCUUCACAUAAAAUAAAAAUUUCACAAAAAUAUGUAUUGAUUUUUCCAUUUCGUAAUUAUUAUUAUAUAGCCCCACACUGGCACUCAUCUUCCUCACUCCUCACAGGCUUCAACGUGUAGGUAAAGAAAGCAAAAAAAAAAAAAACAGUGCAAUGUACUCUGUUUCUUCCUCUUCCUUCAUCUCUACAUUCUCUCCUAAACCAUCUCUUCAUCUUCGCCACUCAUCUUCCUCUCGUCUUCUUCCCCGUAUCAACUCCACCGUCGUCGAAGAACGAGCCCCGAUCAUUAACCCAAGCGAAAACAAUGGCCCUCCUCAUAAGAAACUCUACACUCGGUCUAACCGCAACGCAGUUGCAUCUCCGGCGAAACUCCGACCAGAAACGACUCUCGUAACAGCUCUCUUCACCACCGUCGAAGACGUAAUCAACACGUUCAUCGAUCCACCGUCACGUCCUUCCGUAGAUCCAAAACACGUUCUCUCAGGUAACUUCGCUCCUGUUCUCGACGAGCUUCCUCCAACGGAAUGUGAGAUCAUCCACGGCUCUCUUCCUCCGUCUCUUGACGGCGCUUACAUCCGUAACGGCCCGAACCCACAGUUUCUCCCCCGUGGUCCUUACCACCUAUUCGACGGUGACGGCAUGCUUCACGCGAUUCGUAUCCGUAAUGGUAAAGCCACGCUCUGUAGCAGAUUCGUCAAGACUUAUAAGUACAACGUCGAGAAACAAAACGGAGCUCCCGUGAUCCCUAACGUGUUUUCCGGAUUUAACGGCGUGACGGCUUCGGUUGCUCGUGGAGCUUUAACGGCGUUAAGGGUUUUAGCGGGACAGUAUAAUCCGGUCAACGGCAUUGGUUUGGCUAAUACGAGUCUAGCUUUCUUCUGUAACCGUCUCUUCGCUUUAGGAGAAUCUGAUUUACCCUACGCCGUAAGAUUAACGAACACUGGAGAUAUUGAAACGAUCGGACGGUUCGAUUUCGGCGGGAAGUUAGAGAUGAGCAUGACAGCUCACCCGAAAACCGAUCCUCAAACCGGAGAAACGUUCGCUUUCCGGUACAGUCCGGUUCCACCGUUUUUAACGUUUUUCCGGUUUGAUUCAACCGGGAAGAAACAAAGAGACGUUCCGGUUUACUCCUUGACGUCUCCAUCGUUCGUUCACGACUUCGCGAUCACGAAGAGGCACGCAAUCUUCGCGGAUCAGAUCGUGAUGAGGAUGAAUAUAAUGGAUCUGGUGCUCGAGGGGGGAUCUCCGGUUGGUGCUGACAACCGGAAAACGCCGCGGCUCGGAGUGAUUCCUCGUUACGCCGGCGAUGAUUCGGAGAUGAAAUGGUUUGAAGUUCCUGGAUUCAACAUCAUUCACGCUAUCAAUGCUUGGGAUGAAAACGAUGGAAACGCCGUCGUUUUGAUCGCUCCGAAUAUUAUGUCCAUCGAGCAUACAUUAGAGAGGAUGGAUCUCGUUCACUCCUUGGUGGAGAAGGUGAAGAUCGAUCUCGUCACCGGAAUCGUGACACGUCAUCCGAUCUCCGCGAGGCACCUCGAUUUCGCGGUGAUCAAUCCGGCGUUUCUCGGGAGACGGAGCCGGUACGUGUACGCGGCGAUCGGGGAUCCGAUGCCGAAGAUCUCCGGAGUGGUGAAGCUCGACGUGAGUAAAGGCGAUCGGGAUGAUUGCACGGUGGCGCGUAGAAUGUACGGUCCAGGCUGUUACGGCGGCGAACCGUUUUUCGUAGCGAGGGAUCCUGGUGAUCAGGAGGCAGAGGAGGAUGACGGUUACGUGGUGACAUAUGUUCACGAUGAGGUGGCUGGAGAGUCGAAGUUUUUGGUGAUGGACGCGAAGUCGCCGGAGCUUGAAAUCGUCGCGGCCGUGAGGUUGCCGCGAAGGGUUCCGUACGGAUUCCACGGACUAUUUGUAAAGGAGAGCGACAUUAAUAAGCUUUAACUAAAACAAAGGAUUAAGUGUUUAAUCACGCUCCAUUUAAUGGAGACAAAGCACAUAUAGUGUUGUUAUAUUUGAAACAUUAUAGUAUACAUAAUUUGGCGAUGGAAGUUUGUAUAUAAAAAUAUAAAAUUAUCAAACCUUAUAUUAAAUUAUUUUUCUUUCUUUAAAAUA